AUGAUUCUACAUACCCUCGUUCUAGCUGAUGAUGAGGAAAACCAGCUUGAAAUGCUCCCAAAGGAUGGACGGGUUGUCUUUGCCCCCUUAUAUUCAAAAGUCGAAUAUGAAACACUUCUUCCUGGAAAUUAUAAAUACAUAUACGUUGGAAUGCAUAAGAAAGAAAUUGUGGAUGGCGAUUGUUCUACACCACUUUUUGAUUGUCAAAUUACUAAACGAAAAGAUCGUGUUCACCAUCUUAAAUUGAGUGCUACUAUGAAUUAUGGCCUGACAAGGGUCACUCUGACGAACACAACAGCAAUACCGAUUGUCAUUCUAUUCUAUGCCGACCAUUUCUGGCCAGAAAUUAACUCAUAUACCUUUCAGUACAUAUACAAACUUCCCCUUGUUACAAAUGCGAAAAAGGGGGACCUUGUUACUUUGAACUUCUACAUCCUCCACAUGAGCAUUACAGGUUACGCAGAAUUUGAUGUCCUUGCUACGUCACGAGGUGAAACCAUUUACAACUCAAAACAGGGAGAAAUUUUGGAUGGUUACCCCCACAUAUUAAAUAUUCAAACUCAGCACUUCCUAUUUCAUUCCAUCAUUUCUAUGACGGUAGAACAGAACUAUUCUAUUGACUACUACAGUGUGAAAUAUAACGACGAAUAUAAUACGCAUGUUAUUGUUUGGGGGAAAGACACUGAUCUUCCAACUUUUAACGUAAUGGAGAAUUUGGUUUCGCUAUUGCCUUUGAGCGAUAUUAUUGGCCAAUUCCUUGGCUCAGCUGGUUAUAAUAAUCUGUACGGAUCGAUUACUAUAAUAAGUAAGUAA